AUGUCUGCAGCACCAGGUCCAUCUCAACCUCAAACUCAAUCGAACCCCAAAACCCAAAAUGACUUGGAUGAUGACACAAUAGAUUUAAAUACAUUGAAUGAAUACGAAAAUGAAAUCGAUUGGUUAGACGAUCUCUUAAACCGACAAGACACAACCUCAACAACCAGCUCAUCAAAUCCAUCACAAGAAUCACUUUAUAAUCUAGACAAAAAAUUAUCAAAAUUAUUAAUCUUAUUAGAAAAUUCGAUCUCAGAUACAAGUAAUUUAGUUGAAACAUCUAUAUCAGAAAUCGAAACUAGUAUACCAAGAUUAACAUUAGAUUUACAAUUGAUGAGAGAGAAUUCAUUACUUUUAAGAUAUUCACUUGAAUCUAUUCAAUCUAAAUCCAAUUUAAAUCAUCAAUCAAAUCAAGAGAUUAUUCCAAAAACUGAUGAAUUAUUAAAAGAAUCAGAAAUUCCGAUUGAAGAACCUAUUGUGGAAGAUUCAACUGAUUUGAUCUUAUCAAGACUCAAAACAUUAGAUCUAGUGAAAUCCAGAAUGGAAGCAUGUAGAGUAGUAUUAGAAGAAGCAGAAGCAUGGUCUACAUUGGAAUCAGAAGUUACAGGAUACUUGACUGAUCCAAUUCCGUCAUACUUGAAAGCCGCCGAAAGAUUAUCCGAAGCCAACAAAUCUAUGAUAGUCUUUCAACACACACCUGAAUAUGAAGGACGUAGAGCAUUGAUGCGUAGUCUUCAAAACGAAUUAGAAGCUUCUUUAAGUACGAAUCUAGUGAAAGCUUUAAGUGAAAAAGAUGUACAGAAAUGUAAAGAAUUUUAUUUGAUCUUUAAAAUGAUUGAACGUGAAGGUGAAUUUAAAAAUUAUUAUUUUGGUUCUAGACGUACAUCGAUUUCGAAACUUUGGAAUGAAUCUAAAUUGAUUGGACCGAUCCUUAACUUUUCUAAUUCUAAUAAUUCUUUGAAAUCUUCAAAUGUUCAAGAAAGUUUACCUAUGUUUUUAAAAAAUCAAUUCUUUCCUAAUUUUAUUAAACUUUUACAAAUCGAAUUAAACUUUUUACCUCAUAUUUUCAAUAAUCCAAUUCAAACUCUUUCAGCAUUUAUCAAAACGACCAUUGAACAUUUACAACCAUCUAUAGGAAGUCAAUUAAAUGAAAUGCUAGAUUCGUCUCAUGUCCUUGCAGGUUUACCAGCUUUGAUAAAUUGUUGGACGAUUACUGAAGAUCUAGGUUAUAUGAUCGAAAAUUUAAUCACAGAACUUGAAAAUGUUAUCAAGAAUGAUAAAUCUGCUAGUCCUGCUCUUCCAAUGGAUCCUGUAGCUGAUAACCAACCCAAAGCUCAUGCAAGGAAAGCUUCAAUGAAACGACCCAUCUCUCGACGUUCUGGAUCAAGAAGUGGUGGUGAUCUCAUUGUGUCUGAUGGUACAAUCCAUAGUACUACGAAUAUUCCUCAGAUCAUUGAGACUAUCACCGAAUGGGAAAUCGCAUUGUACGAACCAUUUAUAGAUUUUCAAACGAGUUAUUAUGAUCGUGAAUUAGAGUAUCUUUCAGGUUCAUUGAUCAACUUGAACCAUCAAAGUCUAAAAUCCAGUAAGAUGUUGGCAAAUGAUACGAAUGCAUUAACAACUCAUGCUUCUAAGAUCAUACCAGAGAUGUUGAACUCUUUGUUUAAUCUAGGAGAUGAAGCUAUCAAUCGAUGUGAAGCUUUCACGCAUGGUUAUAGUAUAAUCGAAUGUAUCAAUUCAGUAGAUAAAACUUUGGCGGAAUAUUUAAAUUCGAUGACUACUGGAUUAUCACAAGAAAGAGAGAAUCGAGAAUUACGUAAACAGAUUGGUAGAGGUCAUCAAUUGGAUCCUAAUGAGAAUAAUUCAUUUGAUCCUCAUCAUCAUCAAAAUUACAACGAAAGUGAUUUAUCAGACUUGGAAGGAUUAGAUUAUUCUGGUGAAGAUUGGGAAAUGUUUCAAACUGGACUUAAACUGCUAUCAACCCUUAAAACCACGUAUACCAAAGUCAAUCAAUUUGAAAAAAAGACGUUGAAUAGGUUAAUUGAAAUCUUAAGUAGAUUGGUCAAUAAUGAACAUGAAAGUUUAGGAACUAUGGAUGGAUUGAAGUUUAUAAAGAUCAAGAUGAGUAAAGGAGCUAAAACAUUAUUAAAAGAAUCGAGAUUGAAUAGUAAAGAAUUGUGGGAUUUAAUUGAAUUGAUUUUACCAGGACAAGGACAGACUCCUGAACUUAAUCCUAUUUCUAAUAAACUUCAAACUACAAGAUCAAAUAAUUCACAAAAUCAAAUGACAAAAGAUUUACCCAAAUUUUAUUUAAGUUUAGAUCAAUCCUUUAAAAGAUUGAUUAAAGAAACUCAAAAUAUAAUUCAAUCAGUUAUACUUUCACCACUUUUAAAAGAUAUAGAAGAUUAUUCGAAUUUGAACUUUUGGAAUCAAACUGAACAACAUUUAAAAACUUCACAACAAACUACAUCAAUUUCUACAUUAGAUUUAAAAAUCUUAAAUGAACUUUCUAAAUCACCCAACGAAUUGAUUAUCAAAUUAGGUGAAGGAUUAUUGAACUUACCUAGAUUAUUUGAAAUGAUUAAAGAAGAAGAAUGUAAAAGUUUAAAUUUUAUGAUUAAUUUAUUACCUUUAAUAGAACACGAGAAUGAAGAAUAUUUGAAGAAUUUAAAACAUAACCAAGAAAAUGAUGAUGGUGAAUUUAAUUUCGAAUUAAUCAUUUCAACUUGGUUAACAUCUUUAAGUUUAAAAGUUUUAGAAAUCUUUUUAAAUGAAGUUUUAGAGAAAAAAAUCUUAAAAAAGUAUAAGUUGAAUGAAAUUUCUAAAAACCAAUUGGUGAUUGAUUUAGAAUAUUUAGGUCAAGUUUUAAAAGCUUUAGAUAUUGAUUGUUCUAGCUUAGAUGAAUUUAAAGAAAUGAAUUUGUAG